UUUUUUUGGUCUGCUGUAUGAAAUCGGUGUUGUUGUUGUGACGUGCGGGUCAUUUCUCUAAAAGCUCAGCUCCAGUGGCUCGGAAAUGUUUCUGUUUGAAAUGCGCUGGCAGUUGUGUGAUAAUUUACACGCACGCACGCGCGCGCGCGCGCAGCAUCUGGCCAUGCAUUUGUAACUCGAGCUGUAGGGAUUGUAGACUUGUUAGCAUGCCAAGCUAAUGUGGCUCAGUUGUCAGGUACUAGCUGGUUAGCUUUCUCCUAGUAGGACAAGAUAGCGUUCCUGAAACACGAUGCUAGCUAACGAUGCUACUGUUUCACACGUGUGUAACUCGUCUAUUAGGCUACAGUGCAUUGUUUUGUUUUUUUUUUUAAAAAACUUUAUUUUAUUUAUUUUAACAAGCCGAAUAUCUGGCGAAGAAAUGUCAAGCUGUCAUUGACAGAAUCAAAGGACAGUGACAGUAUUGACUGUAAUAUUGUUUUAGUCCAGUCCAGUGCUGUUCAAAUGAAGGCACUGGAUUUCUAUCCAAUUUAGGGAUGAGUGAUAUGGAAAAUAUAUCACAAUACUUGAUUACAUUUCUACAGUACAAGAUAUGAAUCAGUGUAUAGCUUUUCAUUCAUUCAUUUAUUCAUCAAUUCAUUCAUUCAUUUUCAGUAACUGCUUUCUCCUGGUCAGAGUUGUGGGGGUUCCAGAGUUUAUCCUGGGAACACUGAGGGCAAGGUGGGGAAUAUAUACAUGCCAGUCUGAUGUCCGGCAUGUUUUAGAGUGAUGGGAGGAAACCAGAGAGCCCAGAGGAAACCCCCAUGGACACGGGGAGAACUCUGGGAACCCUGGAGCUGUGAGGAAUAUCUACAGUCCCUCCCUUUAUAUCUAAUCACACCUUUGAGUACAGUGAGCAGAGUGGGUUUUCAGGAGACGCUCACUCCUUCACGAGUGACCAGCCACUGCAGGUUGUUACACAGUUGUAGAACUGCACAUUACAACAGCAGAGCAACAGUUGGUGGGGUGUGUGGGACAGGGCCAUGGAGGCACCUGAGGGGGAAGGCCGCACAUUUAUGCAGGUGAUCAGUGAGAAAUACAGCCCUGAGAACUUCCCCUACCGCCGGGGCCCUGGCAUGGGGGUGGUUGUACCUUCUGGCCAUCAGGGAUCUCCUAUGAAAGACCGACUGAACCUGCCCAGUGUGCUGGUCUUGAAUGGCUGUGGAAUUAGCCAUGCAGGGGAUCAAGGAGAGAUCGCAGCUUUUUGCGCUCAUGUGGUUGAACUGGACUUAUCUCAUAACAAACUCCAAGACUGGCAUGAGAUCAGUAAGAUUGUUAUGAACAUUCCAAACCUGGACUUCCUGAACCUUAGCUCAAACCCGUUGAGUGACGCAGUGCUGGAGUCGUACUGUGCUGAGGCUUUAUCUAGAGUGCGCCGCCUCGUCCUCAACAACACUCAGAUUCCUUGGGAUGUUGUUCACGCCUUCACACGCGAGAUGCCUGAAUUGGAGGAGCUGUUCCUGUGCCUUAAUGAGUACAGCACUGUGACGGUGUCUGCCACUCCAUGUCCUUCACUGCGGCUGCUGCACAUUACAGACAACAAUCUGCAGGACUGGAGCGAGGUGCGCAAGUUCGGCACCAUGUUCCCCUCUCUCGACACUCUCGUCUUGGCUAACAACAACGUGAACUCCAUUCAUGACUCAGAGGACAAUCUCCGCCGGCUCUUUCCUAACUUGCGUAGCAUCAAUCUGCACAACUCGGGUCUCAGUCAAUGGGAAGACAUAGAGAAGUUAAAUUUUCUCCCCAAGCUGGAGGAGGUGAGAUUACAGGGCAUUCCUCUGCUGCAGCCCUACACUAACACAGAGAGGCGCAGUCUCAUGAUAGCUCAGUUGCCUUCAGUGGGUUGCCUCAACGGGAGCAUUGUUACAGACGGAGAACGUGAGGAUGCUGAGAGGUUCUUCAUCCGGUACUAUCGGGAUCACUCUGAAGAGGAGCUGCCUAACAGAUACCACUAUUUGGUGACCAAGUACGGGAAGCUGGCGCCACUGGCUGAGAUCGAUCUGCGGCCCCGCUGCCACGCGGUGGUGGCGGUGCACUGUGAGGACCGCGUAGAGCAGGUGAGCAUCAGGCUGGACCAGACCGUGGCUGAGCUAAAAAAGCAGCUGAAAACAGUGGUGCGACUCUCAGCCAGUAACAUGCGUCUCUACUACAUUGAUAAGGACAUGCACUCAGCCUUUGGGCCUGAAGAGAUGAAGUAUAGCACAAGGGCCUUGCAUUCGUACAGCAUUCGGGAUGGGGACGGGAUCCUGGUGGUGCCCAAGACCAAAUGACUGACUGGCACAAGAACCAAGACGAAACUGUGCUGGAAUAAUUUGUGUCCAUACUAACACUGCACAAUGUGACUCCACAAUGUGUGUGAGACAUGAUUCCAGACAAAAUAAUAAUAAAAAAAAAAAUCUAGGCUUUUCAGACUGCCUUGGAAUUCAGAGACAUUACAUUGUGUUUAAAAGGGCAUCUUGCAGCUCACAUUGCUCUUCAGUGUGUGUGCCACUGCGCUUGUUGCCGUGCCGCACAUAUGGCUUUAUUCAUUUAUGUUGCCUUUGACCAUGAAUGGGGUUUGCUUUUAACUGUUAGUAAAUGCCUGUUUCUUUAAAAGGAAAGCACAAAAGAGCUUUGCUGGUUCAAAAAGUGCAUCCUGUGAAACUUGACAAUCAUCUGCCGCCAGUUAUAUUGUGGUUUGGUGCAGGAGGGAGAAAAGGCAUCACACCCUGUGAUUGUCAUAAGGAGAAAAUGGUGGAUUUGUAGAUGGUAUAUGUAUAGUGUAACUCUCAGGCCAUAAUGUUUAACAGUAAUUAGUAAUCUGACAGUAUAAUAAAGAGGGACAUCCUAAAGAUAAAUGAGGUGAAUAGAUAGAUGAUACUUAAUCCUCAAUAUCAGUGUGUAGUCUAAGCAAAUAUUCUAUGAUUUUUUUAUAUAAACAGAAGCUGAAAUGGGACAGUGGACUUGGUCAAUUUCGAUUUUUUUUUUUUUUUUAACAGAAAAUAUAGUUAGUCCUAUAUGCUCAUUUUAAAUCAAAGAAAUAUGCACCUACACAGGCAUUAUAAAGUAAUAGAAGUACAUCUGUAAUGUUUAUAUAAAGUGUAGGGUGUAAGGUUGGAGCGUAUGUAAUAACCUGAAUUAUAUGAAAUACUGUAUAUUGUCAUACGAGCCCUACCUCCCAAAGUGCAGUCAAGCAUGCAGUGGAUUUUAGCUGCAUUUUUUUCCUUUUUUUAAUUUUUUGCAAAGACAAUUUGCCUAAUUUCUUUGCAGUUUGGUUGACUUGAUUGGAGUUUAAGACAAUGCUGCAGAGUAUCUACAUAUACAAGUAAAAUACAAUAUCUAUGAUGUAUAAAGCAGCAUGACUAGAAUUUUUUUACAAAUAUAGUUUUCAUUAAAAAAUCUUAAGUGCAUUUAAUUUCAUGUUGAAUAGAAAAGGCUGGUUAGGAAUUUUUCAGUGUAUAAUAAUGUUUUUCUUUUUUUUCUUUAAAUAGUAAAGUGAUUGCUAAGAAUGCUGUAUGGAGUGGGAGGUAAAUAUCAGAACUUGACAAUUUACAUUAAUACUAUGUCAGCAUUUGAGUAGCAGAUUUCUAUAAUAAUUACAGUUAAAUUGCACUAGAUCUGUGCUUUAGAUUUAUAUUAUUUUCCAUAGAUAAGGAUGAAAUUUGCAGUUCUUAGAAUAAUCUCAAUUCUAUAAACUGAAUCAUUUUUCAUUUCAAUGCAACUCCUUUACAUUCCCUUAUUGUUUUAUUGUGGAUACUGAUUACUGUAUAGUAUUCUCCUUGGUGAGAACUAGAAGAUUAUUUCUUGUUUUUCUAGUAUAAAAAUUAUUACUCUGGAGGUAAUUACAUUUAUGAUAUAAUGGUCAUAAUGAAACACUGUGUUUAUAUUAUUAAUGACAGACACAGUUCUUGUGUCUCUGUAGUCAUUAGACUGACAACUGAAGUUCAGUGUUGGUAAUUUCAAGCUUAGAGGAUACGUGGAAGUCUGUGUGAGGAACUAAUCUUGGAAUUCUAGCUAGGAAGAACACAAAGCAUGGUGUUACCUAUGGUGAUUGGUACACAUUUUUUUGUUGUUUUUUUUUCCCAAUUCUCCAAAUCAUAUUUCAUAACCAAGUAAUGUGUGUGGUCAUUUUCUAUACCUUAUAGAUUGCAUAUAAUAGUAUUGCAGUGAGUAGUUGGUUAGAGAAAUAACUGAAAUUUGAAUUAAUCUGUAUAACCACAUAAUCAUAUUUGAAGAAAGAAUAAAAGCUAAUUGCUUUGUAGAAUAUUUAAUUAAGGGACUUGUCCCAUAUAAAACAAGUUUCCCUUUAAAUAAAAAAAGAGUACUUAGAGUGGAUUCUUUGAAUUCAGAUGUUAACCUAGUUCAGCUAUCAGUAAAUAGAGUUUUAAACUACACAUAAAAUUGUAUACACAGUUGCCAUGUUUGUACCCAGUACGUCUAUGUUGAAGCCAGAAAGGAAGUGAAUCAAAUUCACACUGAAAGUGUUUAAGGACAGACAUUAAAAUGAACAGGAAGUUUGUAAAAUGAUCCCUUUUUUUUUUAAGUGGUACUGUAAUGGAUAAUGCGAAAGAUGCUACUGUGUUGAUUUUGAUCAUUGCACUGUAAUGGUAUUCAGGAAUUGUUAUGUAUUAUUCAUUUACACUAGCAGGAAGCAUUUGUGUAAAAAAAAAAAAAAAAAAAAAAAAAGUUAAUUGGUUUAUUUUGUAAUCAUUUGUUUUGGUGGAUGUUUUAUAUUGUCCAAGUUAUUCUUAAAUUAAUUUAUUUAAUUUGUUUUUCACAGUCACUUUUGUUGCGUUUACAUCAGAGCCACAUUUAUUUUGCCUCUUGUUUUGUCACUAUUCUUAAACCUUGCUUUAACUAUUAAAAGAGAAUUUUCAUUA